AAUUCAUAAUUCGGUCUUGGACCGAUGAACAGCCCUACCUCCCCACCCUCAAACGUUAGGAAGUUGUGUAGUGUUGUACUCCGUAUUACCCUGCAUUCGUUUUUUCUCCUUUGCUUAGCCGCCAUUUCCUUAUUCCUAUUCAAAUUAAUUUGUUUCCUUUGCCCUAAAUUUCUUCGAGUUAUAUCAUAUACAAAUUCAAAUUUUUGUUAGAAAAUUGAACAAUAAAUUAUGGGGAAAUUAGGGAAGAAAGCCAGAAAAUUUGCGAAGAAGCAUUUACAGACUGUAAUGAAGCAAAAAAGGAAGUUCAAGGCUAUCCACAAGAAGAAAAAUACUCCUAGGGCUAAAAGAGAUGGUCCUGGAGAUCCAGCCGGAGAUACUACAUCCACUGGAAGGAUGCCAGUUAUUGAAAAUAUAGAGGAUGCUUCUCUAGAUAUAUUUUCAAGUGAAGAAGAUAUUGAAAUGGUUGAAGAUGGUUCAGAAAGUGAUGGAUAUCUUUCCGAGGAUACAAGUUGCUUAUAUGCUGGUGUGAGUGAAAUGGAGCUUCAAUCAGAAGAUGCUAGCAAAGGCAGCGAAUUAUCUAUUCAGAACCAAACCAUUUUAUCAGAACUUUUGGCGAAAAAGAAAAGAUUGGAGGCUUUGAAGCAAAAGGAUCCUCACUUUGUGAUCUUCUUGCAAGAAAAAAUUAAAGGUCUUGAAUCACUUGACAACGAUAAUAUGUCUGAUGAAGAUGAGACAAGUAAUCACGAACUUCAGUCUUUUAAUGGCGUUGCCCCAAGUCCAAAUGCUGGCAAAGUGUUAAGUUCCUCUACUGUCAAGAGCUGGUGUCAGCUAGUUAAAGAGCAGCAAAAUUUGUCUAUUCUGCGUGGUCUUCUAAAUGCCUAUCGUUCAGCAUGCCACUAUGGUGCUGAAUCAACUGAAUCUAAUACGUCUGUCUCCUCUCCAAUUAUACAAAACAAAGAGACCUUUUGCACUAUUUUAAUGUUUAUGCUUUCCGAAAGUGAUCAAUUAUUUCGGGGCUCAUUGGGGAUAUCUUCCGAUUGCAAGAAGCAGACCAUACUAGAGUUAAAAGGUUCCUCAAAAUGGGAAAGUGUGAAGCCGAUGGUCAAGUCAUUUUUGACUAGUAUUCUGUUCCUCUUGAAUCAGUUUACCGAUGCAGACAUGUUGGCAUAUUCCUUGAAUCGGUUGAGAGUUUCAUUGGUAUUUUUUGCUGCAUUUCCAUCUUUGCAGUCCAAACUCACUGAGGUUGCUGUCCACCUUUGGGCAAGUGGUGGAGGGACUCUUUCAUCAUGCUCCUUUACUGUCUUGCGUGAUCUAGCUUCUCACUUUGGGCAUGAUUCCUAUGAUAAAUGCUUGAAGAAAACAUAUAAAGCCAUAAUUUCACGCUGCAAAGUUGUGGACCCUUCUAAUUUAAAUCAUAUAGAAUACAUCAUAAGUUCCUUUGUUGAGCUGUGCUCUAUAGAUUUGCAGAAAUCAAUCAAAGUGGCUUUGGCAUCUGUUCCGAAACUAGCUGUAAUCCUGAAGUUGGGCUUGCAAACUAAGGAGGAAGCUUUGAAGAAGAUUUGCAGUUGGGAGUAUGUUUUGUGCAUUGAUCUCUGGGUUAAAUACGUGUCUGUUAAUUUUAAAGAUUGUGAUCUUCAUGGUCUUCUAUAUCCACUCAUCCAAGUCAUUAAUGGAGUGGCUAAACUCUUUGCUGGUCCGAAAUAUUUGCCUUUGAGAGUCAAAUGCAUACAAUGGUUAAAUCAACUUUCCGCAGCUAGUGAAAUCUUCAUCCCUAUCUCUUCAUUGGCAUUGGAUUUAUUGGAGAGCAGUAGCGCCCAGGGAGAUGAAAAGCGUCGAAAGGGCAGUAUUAACUUAUCAACUAUUUUGAUGUUACCUAAAUAUUGGCUGAAGUCGUCAGAAUUUCAAGAGGAGUGUGUUUCUGCUGUCGUGGAGCUGCUUUGUUCGCAUUUUAUUCAGUGGAGCCAUCACAUAUCUUUCCCUGAACUUGCUACCGUUCCUGUCAUCCGCUUGAAGCAAUUUCAUGAGAAGUCUGCUAUUGAAAGCCUUCGCCGGCCAGUGAAGCGCCUAAUUGAUCAGGUGGAGAAGAACAUGGAGUUUGUCCAGAGAAAGAGAGAGGAUGUUUCAUUUUCACCAAUAGACCAAGGAUCUGCAGAUUCAUUUCUUCAGAGUGAAAAGCGCGAUGACAAAUCCCCAUUUAUUCAGUACUACAAAAGUAUAAUGCUAAACGCCAUGACUAGGAAACUCAGCACAAAAGACCAUACAAAUGUGCCAAAUCAGAAUAAAUCGAAAGGGAAAAAGCAAAAGCCUCCACAAAAGUCAGAGGGUGUGAAUGCUGAUGGUGUAAAAGAAAUUGCAAAGACCGACGGAUUAAGUAGUGUGCCAAAUCAGAAUAAAUUGAAAGGGAAAAAGCGGAAGGCACCACAAAAGUCUGAGGGUGCGAGUGCUGAUGGUGUAAAAGAAAUUGUAAAGACCGACAACGAUUCAUCUACCAAAAGUCAGAAAGUUGUGAAGAAAAAGAAGCAGAGAACUUGAGCAUGUUUUAACUUGUGAGAUUAUAGGCAAGAACACAAAUGUUCCCCCUGGAUUGUGUAUUUCCUCUCAGUCUCCUUGUUCACGGGAAAUUUUGUAUGGUAGAUUAUAGGUGCUUACUCGAAUUUUUUUUUUUUUUUUUAAUUUGGCGUAAUUUAGUAAUGUACUCCGUAACAGAUUUGAUCUUAUUUCGUGUAAUAGAGAAAAAUUUGGAAACCAAAAUUUUUAAUCUCA